AGUCAGCAUGGAGCGGCUCCCCGGCCCUGCCGGGCCCCAGGUGGCACCACUGGAUGCUGCUGCCAGUCCCAAGGACGAAGGGUUCCUGGAGGCGCUGUGCCCCAGGGAGGAUAGGGAAGAAGAGGAAGAGGAGGAGGAAGAGGAUGGGCAGAGAAGCCGAAGACCUGUCAGCUUCAUCCUGGGCAACGAGGUGCUGGGACUGGGCCCAGAGAGUGAGUUUCAGUGCCCCGAUGCUGAGGUCUACAUGCACUUCAUGAGGAGCCACUGCUGCUACGAUGCCAUCCCCACCAGCUGCAAGCUAGUUGUCUUUGACGUCUCCCUGGAGAUCAAGAAAGCCUUUGUGGCACUGGUGGCCAACGGGGUGCGUGCUGCCCCACUCUGGGACAGCAAGACACAGAGCUUUGUGGGGAUGCUCACCAUCACUGACUUCAUCAACAUCCUCCACCGCUACUACCGCUCACCCCUGGUUCAGAUCUAUGAGGUGGAGGAGCACAAGAUUGAGACCUGGAGAGAGGUGUACCUGCAAGGCUCCCUCAAGCCGCUGGUCUACAUCUCCCCGAGCAACAGCCUCUUCGAUGCUGUCUACUCCCUGAUCAAGCACAAGAUCCACCGCCUGCCUGUCAUUGAGCCAGUCUCGGGCAACGUCCUGCACAUCCUGACGCACAAACGCAUCCUGAAGUUCCUCCACAUCUUUGGCUCCACCCUCCCCAAGCCACGCUUCCUGAAGAAGACGGUUCAGGAGCUGUGUGUCGGCACCUUCCGCGAUGUGGCUGUGGUGCCUGAGACCGCUCCUAUCUACGCUGCCCUGGAGAUCUUUGUGGACCGUCGUGUCUCCGCCCUGCCUGUCAUCAACGAUGCUGGGCAAGUGGUUGGCCUCUACUCCCGGUUUGACGUCAUUCACCUGGCAGCCCAGAAAACCUACAAUAACCUGGACAUCAGUAUGCGGGACGCGCUACAGCAGCGCAGCAUCUGCCUGGAGGGAGUCCUCACCUGCUACCCCCAUGAAACCAUGGAGGACAUAAUUGACCGUAUCACUAAGGAGCAGGUCCAUCGCCUGGUUCUGGUGGAUGAGAACCAGUACCCACGGGGCAUUGUCUCCCUCUCUGACAUCCUCCAGGCCCUUGUGCUCACUCCUGCAGGCAUUGACCGAUCCUCACUCUGAAGACACCAGGGAGGUGGCCCUGGGGCUGUGGAAGGAGGCUCAGGCCCCAGAGGCUCUCCAGGGGGAGGACCUGCCUGUCCACACUGGUCCUGGGACUCGUCUUGAGUCUGGGGCCAGAUCCUGCCAGCCUCGGGGAGGCAGGGAGUGGGGAAAAGGGGGCCCGGGGUGCCUCCUGCCAGUGAGCACACGGUGGUGCUUGAUGGGCACAGUGCCAGAGGAGCCCUGCCAUGCCCGCAGCUGGGCAUGGGGACCAGCAUGGCUUCGGGGGACUUGGCCAACCCACUCCCACCCUGCUGCUGGAUUUGAGCACUUCAGCCAUGGCUCCCUUACCCUGGUGAGCAUGAUCCUGCUGGCUGUGCCCCAUGCCUGGUAGCGUGGGCUCAGCUGCACACACAGGCUUGUUUGUUGUAGGGUCACUCGGGGCCGGAGCUCCUUGGAACAGGUGCAGUCUGUGCCAGAACUGGUGCCAGGAUGGGCACUUGCAUGGGGACCCUGUGCACAUUGUGUGUGUGUGUGUAUUUAUUUGCUGGUCUGUUCAGCCUUGUAAUAAAGCAGCCUGCUCCAGGAA